AUGCACAGCCUGCAGGAGAUUGAAAAGCCAGUGGGAGGAGACACCAUGAUCCCCACACUCAUGACCCUGUUCUGCUUGGAAUAUCUCCCCAAACCCAGGCUGUGGGCUGAGCAAGGCUCUGUGAUCACCUGGGGGGAAAAGGUGACCAUAUGGUGUGAAGGGACCCUGAAGGGCCAGAAGUACCUUCUGAACAAAGAGGGAAGCCCAGCACCCUGGGACAGAGUGUACCUACUGGAGCCUGGGAACAAGGCCAAGUUCUCCAUCACAAAAAUGACAGAGAACUAUGCAGGGCUAUAUGAGUGUUACUAUUACAGUCUUGCAAGUUGGUCAGAGCACAGUGAACCCCUGGAGCUGGUGGUGACAGGGGUCUACAGAAAACCCAGCCUCUCAGCCCUGCCCAGUCCCGUGGUGACAUCAGGAGACAGUGUGACCCUCCAAUGUGGUUCAUGGCAGAGACUGAACAGUUUCAUUCUGAUGAUGGAAGGAGAACACACACUCUUCUGGGCGCUGGGCUUACAGAAACAUCCAUAUGAAUAUUCCCAAGCCCUGUUCCCAGUCGGUCCUGUGACCCCCAGCCACAAGUGGACAUUCAGAUGCUACAGCUAUGACAGGAAAAAACCACAGGUGUGGUCAGCGCCCAGUGAGCCCUUGGAGCUCCUGGUCUUAGAAGCAGCUGAAACCACCAGCCCAUCACAGAACAUGUCAGACACCAAGACUGCCUCACAGCCCCAGGACUACACAGUGGAGAAUCUCAUCCGCAUGGUUGUGGCUGGCCUGGUCCUCGUGGUCCUGGGGAUUCUGCUAUUUGAGGUUCUGCACAGCCAGAGAAGGACAAAAUGUGCAAUCCAGGUAUAA